AUGAUUAAUUAAUAUAAUAAAUACCCUUCCUCUAACGCUAAACAUCUUCAUGUCUAACUAUUAGAUGAUUAAGAUUUAGAAUCACACCUUUCAUAUUAAAUAUUUAAAAAAGCAGCUUAUUAAUUAUUAAGAUUAAGUGCUAUUGUAAUGCUUAUAUCGAACUUUUUCGCUUGUAUUUUCUAUAGAAUAGGUUUACAUGAACAAGAAUAAUAUGGAAAAGCAGGUUGCUGGUUUUCUAAAAUAAGCCCUUUAAUAGAACUUGAUACUAUAAUUUAUUAUGAAUAUGCUUUAUAUUGGAGUGUUACUACUAUGAUUUCUGUAGGAUAUGGAGAUGUAACACCUGUGGCUCCUAUGGAAGUUAUUAUUACCCUUAUUUGUAUGUUAAUGUCUUGUAUAAUAUUUGCUUAUUCUAUUAACAGUAUUUGGUAUAUUAUUUCCGAAGUAUCUACUGGAGAUAUUAAAUAUCAGUCUUAUAUAAAUGCUAUUAAUAGAUAUAUGAGAGAUAAGUAAAUAAACAAGAAUUUAUAGACAAAAAUCAAUGCUUUUUUAGAUUUUCAAUGGAAAGACGAGAAAUCAAGGGAUAAAAAACUCGAACAUAAUAUUAUUUAAACUUUACCUUUAAAUUUGAGGAAUAAAUUGAUGUUUGAGAGUAAUUCUUUCUUUUUUAAAAAUCAUAAGUGGUCUUAGUUUUUUUCGGAAUAAUUUUUGUCUGCUCUAUCUUUUGAAAUCAAAGAAAUAAAGUAUUUUGAAGAUGAUAUUAUUUAUUAAGAAUAAUCUGAAUAAGAGGAUGAUGCUUUUCUAUAUUAUGUUGAUGAUGGAGAAAUUUAAAUUUUUUAUGAUCUUCCUAAUUAUAAUGAUGGUUAAGGAAUUCCUAUUCAAGCCAUUAAAAGUGGGAAUUUUUUGGGAUUAUAUGAAUUUUUUACAGGAGAAAAAAGGCUAGAAAAUGCUAGUAAAAAAAGUUCUUCAUAAAGUUAAAAUAAUAAUGAUAAUAAAGAUAUUAUUUCGAUUAAUAAUGAUAUAUAAGAAAUAUAAGAAAAUGAAUUUUAAGAUAAUUUUGAUAUUGAUUUACCUCCUAUUUUUUAUUAUUCUACAAAAAACAAUACAAAAAAAAAGAAGAAAGAAAUAUGGAAUAAAAUGAAAUUAAUCAUAAGAUUAAAUAUUUGA